AUGCAGGCAAAGAGCAUGAGCCACCAACUCGUGGUCAGUGCCUCUCACGUGUUCUGCAAGCGUUGUGCCUGCUACGCGCGCUACAGCUCGUUGGCUGGCCCUCCAAAGCCAGCGCUGCAAGCCGAGUCCGAGUCCGAGCCGUGCCCGCCGUGCCCGGUGUCGCCCGCCGGGGGCGCCGAAGGCGACACCCUCACCACUGCGCCUCCGUGCAGCGAGGGCGAGGGCAAGAAGACGGAGCCCGAGGGCGCCUGGUCGUGGCCGAUUCCUGGCAUGGCGCACGGCACCGCCCUUGCAGCGGCGCGGCCGGCGUUGGCGCUGCUCCUGGUCGCGGCGAGCAUCCACUUGGCGUGA